AUGGAAAGUUGGCCUGCGUGUUGCUCGUACCAUAGGAAUUUAAACGGGGAUAUAGGUAUAAGAACACGGAGACGGGGAGUCGUUCGCGGUAGUGUGAGGCAUAAACGCGCCAGCACCACACCCAGCGUGACCACCAUUGCGACAAGGACACGGGACACGGCCAUGCGAGUCGCAGUGAUCUUGUUGGUGAGCAUCACUGCUUUAGUUUCGGCACAGUUCCAGCAGGAUGUGGACGGUGGUCCGCCGCCGAAAGGACUACCGAUUCCAAUAAGAUCGGCACGGUUUCAGAGGCUUCCGUCGGCCAGGCCAGCGGUACCCACCCAGGCUGUGCUUGCCAACCAAAGAAUACGACGGCCGAUCACGUUCAGACCAAAAGGUGCGGAUGACGGGCCAGUAACUGGACCAGGAUCCUUCACACCAUCCAAAUCGUUCAGGCCAAGUUUUCCAUCGGGACCAGCGCCAACGUUACCCACGCAGAUCAAGCCUGUGAACGAGGAACCGGAUGAGGAUGUACGAAACCGUGAAUCGAACCGUGAUCACGAUCAAGACGAUGAUGUCGAGUUGAGCGAGGAACAAUCCGACAGCCAGGAAGACAGCGAGGAAAAUAUUCCGCGGGCCAUAGCGAAUCUCGGGGCUGUAGGCUCGAUAUCGAGAAGCUCGAAUACUGGAUCUCCGGCCCCUCAACCGAUACCCGUGCAGUAUCGUCCGCUUCAACAGAUACCGAUACCAACUGCAAGAGGAGGAUCCCUGAUACCAACGACACCAUCGCCGCCGGUACAAUAUCGUCCGGCACCGAAACCAAACAAGCCACGAAAGCCCAUAGAAGAACCACCGUUCAAGCAACCCGCGAAACCGCCUGCGAAACCUGUGAAACCGUCCCAGGUGUACGACGGACGUGGAAAGAAACCAGUUGCACAGAUCAUCAGGCGGUACCGUAAUGACAAUUCUGAUGGCUCGAUCACCUGGGGAUUCGAGAACGAUGAUGGAUCGUAUAAAGAAGAAUUAAUUGGCGUUGAUUGCAUAACGAGAGGCAAAUACGGGUACAUCGAUCCGGACGGUAUUCGUCGGGAGUACACUUACGAAACUGGGAUCAGAUGCGACGAAGAGCAACGGGACGAAGAAGAGAACGGCUUCGUAGAUUACCAAGAGAACAAAUUAGUGCUUCCCGAUGGUAAAACAAUAGACCUCUCCAGUAUGGGUAAGAAGCAGGCCCGCAGACCUCGUUUUAGUAACAAAAAUUCAUAA